AUGCCGACCGAGCUCGCUCAUCAAAUCAUCGAUGACCUGCGAGUAUGGGAUGUCCUCAAGCUACUAUGCUACGAUAAUGAUCAAGUGGACGCCUGCAUCAUGUCCCAUCCGGUCUGCCGCAACAUGUUCGGUGCCGACCUGGAAACUCUCGCCAAGUCGAAAUUCGCUGCCCACCUCUACCGAGAUAUAUUUAUGGCAGUGGGAAAGUCAUUUGUACAAGAACCCUGGCGUGGAACAAACUAUCUUGGCACAAAUAUACACUGUCUUGUGCCUGAGAAGCAUGGAGAGAUCUUGAAUUAUAUGAACGAACGCAUUCAUGAUGAGCUCAAUAUUCAUUGGUGUAAAUUGGACCUGACUCGGUUCGGUGCUCCUGCUUACUCCAACGAAUUUGGAGAUAUACAUCCCAAGAACUCCUAUUCUUUCGAAGAGCACAAGAAAUGGUGGCAUGAGAUACAAAAAGCAAAGGCCACUUUAUUCCACUUGAGGGCUUCAGAGCUUCGCUGGACCGCUGAUAUGUUGGAAGCAAAUUCGGAUAUCCUAAAACGCACACUAGACCCGGCACAGGAAAUCCGACCAAAUACCGUACACAUCGUGUCGAGAUUGCGGUAUGGUGCUGAUGCAAUCAUGCGCUCUCCAAAUGAGAAGUUCGUCUUGUCCGAACAUUUCAUUUAUGACUUCUUGGGAAUCAUUCCGUUCGACUCGGCAUUGGACCGACUGUUGUAUAUGAUGCAAAAGCAUGGUCUUACAGAAGGUGAUCGGGUUGUGGUGAGCAAUACAAUCAUUUUACCUGGUGGCACAUCGCACCCAUCUUCUAUCGUCAAAUCAGUUCAAGUUAUUGUCGAUGGGAUGCCGAAGUUCUAUAUCUCACCCCCCGAGACGCCAGAGCAACGAGCCAAUAUCACCUGGAGGAAUGCAGCCAACGAAGAUGGUGAUCUUCUUCGCACGGCAAAUACUCCGUGGUCCGAACCGUUUGGUGCAAAUGAACGGGUUUCCUUAAAGGGGCCGUUUUUCACAGCAUUCAAAUAUGGUGAUAGCAAAGGUUACUUGCGGCCAAAACCCCUUUAUUGGGAUCCUCACAACCAGAUGGAGAAAGAAUGGUUAGGCAGUUUUGUCGAGGUUUACCGGUACUUGAAGAACUUGGAUGUAUAG